AUGACGCACAAACCAGAAAGCGAAAGAAUGUCGUCUCUUCUUUUCAAUCUCAUCCAUUCCCAAAUUCAAAACAACCCAAACACUGUGGCGUUCACUUUUGUCCUCAACACAGAGUCGCACACUGCUGAGAUAAUUACCACAUCAAAGUUCACAACGUUACUCAACCAAGAGUUGAUCAAAAAUUUGACUCAAAUUUCUAUUGCUGCAAUCGAAGCUCCACAGACCGAAAAGGAGGCAAUUGAAAAACUAAGGGUGUUUAAAAUACCUCUUCCUCCACCAACAGAAUGCCCUGCUUCUGCAUGCUCAGUCAGGAAAAUGGAAGAAGAUUCACAAAAACCACCAACUCCAUUGAACUCUCGACGUAUGACGCCCGUUACAUCCGUUGGACGUUACACACCAAGAAUGUCACCAGCAACGCCAAUAAACCCGAACUAUAUGCAACUUGACCCAGAGAUACUCAUUCAGAAACCGCCUCUUUCACGAUCUCCUCCAUCAAGAAAAACGAGAAAAACGCUCACCCCACAUCACCAAUCGAUGUACCAAUCCAUUCAAACAACUAUCGACGACUCUACGAAGCAGAGGUUGAUUAAUGUGCUCUCAAAACCCAUAUUGUAG